CGAGGCGUGGCAGGGCCAGUGCCUGCAGCCAGGCGGGCGGCGCGGCCCCUCGCCCGGCCCGUCUCCCCAUCAUGCUGGACGGGCUGAAGAUGGAGGAGAGUUUGCAGAGCGCCCUGGAUCCCGCGGUCCCUUUCUCCUCGCUGCUGGGCAGAGCCGCGACCCCCAAGUCGGUGUGUGAAGGGUGUCAGCGAGUGAUUUCGGACCGGUUCUUGCUGCGCCUGAACGACAGCCUGUGGCACGAGCAGUGCGUCCAGUGCGCGUCCUGCAAGGAGCCCCUGCAGACCACCUGCUUCUACCGCGACAAGAAGCUCUACUGCAAGCUGGACUACGAGAAGCUGUUUGCAGUGAAGUGUGCCGGGUGCCUGGAGGCCAUCGCGCCCAGCGAGCUGGUGAUGCGCGCCCAGAAGAGCGUCUACCACCUGCGCUGCUUCUGCUGCUGCGUCUGCGAGCGGCGCCUGCAGAAGGGCGACGAGUUUGUGCUGAAGGAGGGGCAGCUGCUCUGUAAGGGUGACUACGAGAAGGAGCGGGAGCUGCUGAGCUUGGUGAGCCCGGCUCUGUCGGAUUCUGGCAAAAGUGACGAUGAGGACAGCAUCUGCAAACUGGGCCAAGCCUCGGGGAAGGGCGCUGAGGAUGGGAAGGAUCACAAACGGCCCAAGCGGCCCCGGACAAUCCUGACCACGCAACAACGGAGGGCAUUCAAGGCGUCCUUUGAGGUCUCCUCCAAGCCCUGCAGGAAGGUGCGGGAGACGCUGGCAGCAGAGACAGGGCUGAGCGUCCGGGUGGUGCAGGUCUGGUUCCAGAACCAGCGAGCAAAGAUGAAGAAGCUCGCCAGGAGGCAGCAGCAGCAGCAGCAGGAUCAGCAAAACACACAGCGCCUGAGCUCAGGCCAGACAAACGGCGGCGGCAGCACAGGACUGGAGGGGAUGCUGAACCCUUACACCACUCUGCCCCCGCCCCAGCAGCUGCUGGGCAUGGAGCAAAGCGUCUACGGCUCCGACCCUUUCCGGCAAGGGCUCACCCCACCUCAAAUGCCUGGAGACCACAUGCAUCCCUACGGUGCCGAGCCCCUCUUCCACGACUUGGAUAGCGAUGAUACCUCACUGAGCAACCUGGGUGACUGCUUCCUCGCCACGGCGGACGCGGGGCCACUCCAGGCACGAGUGGGAAACCCCAUCGACCACCUCUACUCCAUGCAGAACUCCUACUUCACUUCCUGAGUGCAGCGUGGUCCCUG